AUGGCGUCUUCGCCGGAGAAUAAGAGUAAAGCAAUGACGAAUCAACCAUCGCGUCCAAUGCCUUCGCUUCCAGAUGAUUUACUAUUGAGCUGCUUCGCACGCGUCUCUAGAUCACACUACCCAACUCUCUCCCUCGUCUCCAAGAAAUUCCAAUCUCUCAUCGCUUCACCGCAGCUAUACAAGAUCCGAUCCUCUCUAGGCCGCACAGAGAGCUCUCUCUAUGUGUGUUUCACGUCCGAUCAUAACCCUAACCCUAACCCUAACCCUCUCUGGUUCACACUCUGCCUAAAACCUAAUCAAAACCUAACAAACAGGAACGUUUUGGUUCCAACCUCAAUCCCACAUUCUGCUCCUCCGCACUGGUCUGGUCUCAUCAGCGGACCUUCAAACGAUAUCUACAACAUCGGCGGACCGAUUGACAAUGCGCCAUCGUCCGGGGAGGCUCGAAGCUUGUGGGUGGAUCCAACGAUCAGUGUUCUUGAUAGAAAGGUAUAUGUAACAAGAAGAAGCAGUGAAGACAAAGACACACAGACUUGGGAGGAGCCUGAUGGUCCUCCAACUUUCUUAAGCUUAGUGGUCAGAGAAAAGUUUUACAUUUUUAACGGAUUGUCGUCUAAUGAUUUGGGUUACAAACCGAAAGGAUGUCAAUGGGAAAGGUUUUGGGGUUGGAAACCUAGUUGGGGAUGGUUUUCUUGUUGCGUGAUCGACAAGGUACUGUACCGUUACCGUUCAGAAUCGUUCAAAUGGUAUGACGCUAAGGCAGGAGGGUGGAGGAAGUUGAAAGGUUUGAGUGGAUUGCCUAAGUUUGUAAGUUACGGUUUUCAGUUGGCCGGUUACGGUGGAAAGCUGGCGGUUUUGUGGGCUGAGCUUGUGUGGAACGGUGGCGAUAAAGAGAAGUUGGUUUGGUGUGCGGUGAUUGCGCUUGAGCGGUGUGAGAGCGGCGGCGCGGUUUGGGGCAAGGUCGAGUGGUGUGAUGUUGUGUGUACUGUCCCCAAAACAUAUCAACUUGAGUAUGCUCUUGAUGCUAUUGUGUGA